AUGUAUACACCAUCAAUAACGAAUUCUGAAAAUGAAGAACAAGAGAUAUCCCAAAAUACUGAAAGAGCAUUUAAUCAAGAUAACCAAAAAGAUAAUUCAGAACCUCAACAAAUACAAUCUACCUUUAAAGGACGACCUUAUAUAACAUAUUUACCAUUAGCAUGGAAUCAACCACUUGAAACCUAUACUGAAGAACAACCACAAGCUUCAAGAAAUGAAGGAAUAAGUGCACCAGCCGAUGAAA